AUGCCGAUGCUUAAGGAUCCUUCCAAAAAGUACAAGAAAUUUACACCUCUAAACCUCCCAAAUCGCCAAUGGCCUUCUAAGACAAUUGACAAGGCACCGAGAUGGCUGGCAACAGACUUACGAGAUGGCAAUCAAAGUCUGGUCGACCCAAUGAGUGGUGACGAAAAAUGGAGAUUCUUCAAGAUGUUAGUCGACCUUGGUUACAAGGAGAUCGAAGUAUCCUUCCCUUCUGCGUCGCAAACGGAUUUCGACUUUACAAGACGAUUAGUCGAGACUCCCGGGGCCGUACCCGACGACGUCUGGCUGCAAGUUUUAGCACCGUGUCGAGAAGACCUCAUCCGCCGCACUGUCGACUCCCUCAAAGGCUCUAAGAAGGCUCUCUUACACAUCUACCUCGCAACGAGCGAAUGUUUCCGACGUAUCGUGUUUGGCUUUACAGAAGAAGAGAGCCUUGAGAGGGCGGUAGCAUGUGCUAAAUAUGCUCGUUCGAUUACUAAAGAUGACCCGGAACAAGCUGGUACGGAAUGGGCUUUCGAGUUUAGCCCUGAGACAUUCUCUGAUACCAGCCCCGAGUUUGUCAUCCGCGUUUGCGAAGCUGUCAAGGCUGCUUGGGAACCCACGGUAGAAAACCCUAUCAUCUUCAAUCUUCCGGCAACUGUCGAGAUGUCGACGCCCAAUGUCUAUGCCGACCAAAUCGAGUACUUCUGUACCAACAUUAGCGAGCGAGAGAAGAUUUGUGUCUCUCUUCACCCGCAUAAUGAUAGGGGAUGUGCCGUUGCUGCUGCCGAGUUGGCGCAGAUGGCGGGAGCCGACCGCGUUGAGGGAUGCCUUUUCGGAAAUGGUGAACGGACGGGAAAUGUUGACCUAGUCACCUUAGCUUUGAAUCUCUACACCCAAGGUAUCCACCCGAAAAUCGACUUCUCCGAUCUAAAUCGGGUUGUCGACACUGUGGAGAUUUGUAAUAAGAUCCCUGUCCAUCCCAGGGCACCGUACGGCGGAUCUCUUGUCGUAUGUGCCUUCAGUGGCUCUCACCAAGACGCUAUCAAGAAGGGUUUCAUGCAGCGGGAACUGGAGGGCAAGUCGUACGAGGACUACUGGCAGCUCCCGUACCUCCCUCUCGAUCCUCAGGAUAUCGGCCGCACAUACGAGGCUAUCAUUCGUGUCAACUCUCAGAGUGGCAAGGGCGGUGCCGCUUGGAUCAUCCUGCGCAAACUCCAGCUUGACCUUCCUCGAGGCCUACAAAUCGCAUUUAGUAAAGUAGUACAGAGGAGGGCAGACCAGCUGGGCAGAGAGCUUCUAUCGGCUGAGAUCACUGAUCUAUUCGAGCAAACAUACUUCCUCCAAGAGCAUCCUCGAUUUAACAUUAUUGACUACUCCAUCUCAUUCGAUCGAUCAUCAUCCCCGGUUCCACCGGCACCUGGUGCCACACAAGAAACUAAAAACCUCGCCCGUGUUUUCGAAGGUAUUGUCGCUAUUGAUGGCAGAGAAUACCAGCUUCGCGGUCGUGGCAACGGUCCUAUUUCGUCCCUAGCAAAUGCCCUGAAAGGUGUGGGUAUUGAUCUGGAUGUUGCCGACUAUAAGGAGCACGCCAUAGGAGGUGGCCGAGAAGUCAAAGCAGCUACGUACAUAGAAUGUACUGCUGCUGGUACAUCACAAAAAGUUUGGGGUGUUGGCAUACACGAAGAUGUGGUACAGAGCUCUCUCAUAGCCCUCCUAAGUGCUGCUAGCAACUUUAUCCUUAGCCGACCGGGAAGUCCCGUCUUGAGAAAACAUGCGUCGCCGCGAAGCAUCAGUCAGGAGUUGAAGCUCGACUACAACAAUCUUAUAAAUGGAAGUGCCAAUUCCCAUUCCCAUGAUGACGCCCCGUCCGAGACAGUUCAAGCCUUAGAAGCUAAGGCAAAUGGGAUGUAA